CCACCAAUCUCUUAAUUCCACGAACCAUAUCGCCACAUAUACAUAUCCUCAAACACAGAAAUGAAGGUCUAUACUUUGGUUCUCUUCUUUGCUUUCUUGCUUGGAGCCUCAGCAGAACAAUGUGGAAGUCAGGCCGGCGGAGCUUUAUGUGCGAAUGGGCUAUGUUGUAGCAAAUUUGGGUGGUGUGGCAGCACAGCUGACUACUGUGGGACUGAUUGCCAGAGCCAAUGUAACUCUGGCGGAAGUCCUGCACCCCCCAACCCGACCCCAUCCCCCACUCCGAGUGGGGGCGAUGUCGGCAGCGUCAUCAGCGCUGCUCUAUUCGACCAACUUCUUAAAUAUCGGAACGAUGGGCGGUGUAAAAGUAACGGAUUCUACACAUACAAUGCUUUCAUCGCUGCUGCACAAUCUUUCGGUGGCUUUGGCACAAGCGGUGACGAUAAUACACGUAAAAGGGAGAUUGCUGCUUUCUUGGCUCAAACCUCUCACGAGACCACAGGAGGAUGGGCAAGUGCACAAGAUGGCCCAUAUGCAUGGGGCUAUUGCUUUAUUACGGAAAACGAAAAGGCAGACAAAUGUAAGCCUUCCAACGAAUGGCCGUGCGCUGCCGGCAAACAAUAUUAUGGCCGGGGACCCCUUCAACUAACUUGGAACUACAACUACGGGCAAGCGGGGAAAGCCAUUGAAGCUGAUCUGCUAAACAAUCCGGAUCUGGUAGCCACAGACGCAACCAUAUCAUUCAAGACAGCCAUAUGGUUUUGGAUGACCCCGCAGGCAAACAAGCCGUCGAGCCACGAUGUCAUCAUCGGAAAAUGGACACCGUCUGCUGCCGACACGUCAGCUGGUCGGGUUCCAGGCUAUGGUGUCAUUACCAACAUAAUCAACGGUGGGGAGGAAUGUGGGAAGGGUCCUGUUGAUAAAGCAGCCGAUAGGAUCGGGUUCUACAAAAGGUACUGUGACAUCUUGGGAGUGAGCUACGGGGACAACUUGGACUGCAACAAUCAGAAGCCUUUUGCCUAAGCUGCACUGCUAUGUCCCAAGGCAAAUAAAGGUUCAAACUAGUAUAAUAAGGAGACAAUAAUAUAACCCUAUGUAAUUGGAGAUUUUCUGGUCGAGUUAGAAACUUUCUAGAUUACAGCUGAAUAAAGAAGUAAAGAUCUAGUUAAUACAUUUGAAUAUGGGUGGUGCAGCCCCCAGAUCACUGGUAUUGAUGUGAUGUCCAGCAUUCAAACAGAUUAGUUCAUGUAAACAUAUAUAUAUAUAUAUAACUAUUCUAUGGAGUGAGACCUGAAAAGUGAGGCAUAUCACUUUAAGAA